AAAAUAUUAAUUUUAAAUGGUUUAUCAGUGGAUUGAAACCUCUCGAAAGGUUCAUAUUUUUUAAAGCGGCACAGCACAUUCCUAGUCAGCCGUAAGAUUUGGUGUGGGUGUGGAUCCACAUCUUUAAACAGCUCUGGUAGAGCGGGCAUUACGCGGGAAGCAGCUUCCAAAUUUACGCAGCAAUAACAAACAUAACUGAAUCCAUUUGGUUUUGGCCAAUUUUAUAAACCGACCAAGGACUGCCAUGUUCUCCGAUAUCAGCGCGCCUCGAGAAGGCUCGUCCCUCAUGUGCCGACCGACCGAGGACCCGGCGCCCGUGUUUGAUAGGGCUUCCACGGCCUACAGUCCCUGCUCGGAGCGCUUCGGAGUUGGCGAGCGGAAUUUCAAUCGUCAGUAUGCUCAUAUCUAUGCAGCACGUCUCAUGCAGAUGAGUCCUUUACUGAAGGAAAAAGCACAACGAAAGUGGGGAUCAGAAGUGCUUGUCCGGAAGCUGUGUGAUCUUCAGGCAGGGGAGCAGUGUUGCAUUGUGGGAACUCUGUUUAAGCGGAUGGACUUGCAGCCAUCCAUCCUAAAAGAAAUCAGUGAAGAGCACAACCUCCUGCCCCAGCCUGCACGAGUCAAAUACAUUAGUGACAACGAUGAUCUGAUUCUGGAGGAUGAGCUCCAAAGAAUCAAGCUGGAGGGUGCAAUUGACAGAGAUAGGUGUGUCACAGGUAGUGUUAUUGCUGUAUUUGGAGCUGAGAGGAAUGAUGGGAAAUUCACAGUGGAGGACUUCUGCACAGCGGAUCUCCCAGAACAGACUGCAAGACCUGCACUGAAUUCUGACAGAUUUGUACUGCUUGUCUCUGGACUCGGUUUGGGUAGCAGUCACGCAGACAGUAUGCUGGGCCUACAGCUGUUGAUUGACAUGGUAACGGGUCAGCUGGGUGACCAGGGGGAGCAGAGUGGAGCGGCGACGAUAUCGAGGGUCUUGGUGGCGGGAAACCUCCUUAGUCAAAGCACGCAGGACAAGGACGCCUCAACUAAGGCCAAGUACCUCACCAAAAAGACUCAGGCGGGCAGCGUGGAAGCCAUUCGCUUGUUGGACGAGCUGCUACUCCAGCUGGUGACUUCAGUCCCAGUGGAUGUGAUGCCUGGCCAGUAUGACCCCACCAACUAUACACUGCCUCAGCAGCCUCUACAUCACUGUAUGUUCCCUUUGUCAUCUGUCUACCCUACACUGCAGCUGGCAUCUAAUCCAUACCAGGCCACUGUGGAUGGAGUGAGGUUCCUUGGCACCUCGGGUCAAAAUAUCAGUGACAUCGAACGUUACAGUAGUAUGAACAGUCAUCUGGAGAUUCUGGAAGAAACUUUGAGACUACGCCACCUCGCUCCUACUGCACCGGAUACCCUUGGCUGUUACCCAUUUUACUUGAAAGAUCCAUUCAUCUUGGAAGAGUGUCCACAUGUGUACUUCAGUGGGAAUGCCCCAGCGUUGGAGUCAAAGCGCCUCACAGGUGCCGCUGGCCAGGAAAUCCUUUUAAUCACUGUGCCAAAGUUCCACAGCACCCAAACAGCGUGCCUUGUCAACUUACGCACUCUUGAAUGUGAGCCAAUCAGCUUCUCGGCAUUUUCAGCAGGUGACGAAGACGAUGGCGAGAUGAACAUCAGCCACUGAGGGAAGUUUGGUACCAUCACAGCUCUCAAAUGAUGUCACACAUAUACAGAGUGACAGUUUUGUGAGGCUUUCCUUUUUAAUUAUAUAUGAAUUCUUUCAAGUUGGUGUGUGAAAAAGCCAGUAUUGAAGCAACACUUCCAUAUGAGAUCUACCAACCAUCAUUAUCCUUCAGUGAAAUACUGUAAAAUGCAUUUCCGUUAAGGUUUACAGUGUAAAUAAUUGCAUAUUGAAUUUAAAAAAAGUUGUUUUAAUGUGCAUUUGCAAUAAAAAAAAUCACA